AUGUCGACAGACGAAACAGACAAUACGAAUGAAAUCAACGAUGAAAACGCAUCGAAGGAUCGCAAAAAUUCUCGCCGUCAACGUCAGCAACUUCGAUUUGUUGAAGAUGAACCAGAGGACAAAGAGCCGAAGUCUCCCUCAACUUUCAAGCCGCCCACACGAGCCAGUCGAUUCCUAUCUAUUUGUGAACCAUCCAUUGAAUUACCUAAUGUCAAUCUUUUACACUUACGACAGCUACACAAUCAAACAGUUGAUGAAAAAGAUUCCACUGAAUUGACGGAUGAAGAAUUUGAUAAAAUACCAUUUAAAAUUCAAAUCAUUCGCGAACGAUGCGAUGAUCUCGAUAUUGCUCCAACAAGUUCUAAAGCAAAACCAGCUUUGGAUAUGCCAACGGUGAUUCCAAGUGUUUUAACGAAUCAACGUCGUUUAGAAAUUAUCGAGGAAAUUUUGAAAAAAUUGAGUCAAACCAAUGUUCUCGAUGAAAUUCGCCGAGUUAAUGCUAUUCCCUACCGCUUACCACAAGACAACCAACUACAAAAAAAUGUCGCUCGCCGCAUCCGAGAAUUAACCGGUAGUGAUGUCGUCAUACUCAACGAUCAUCUCUAUAUGAAAAAUCUAUGCAAGUCCAUCAAAGAAAAACGUCAAAAAGACUUGCAAAAGAAGUUCGACCGACUGGCAGCUAAUGAAAAACAACGGCAACUGUUGGAAUAA